AUGGCGCCACUGAGAUAUCGACAAAACCUCUCGCUUACCCCAUCGACUCCCCGUCAUCCCAAAGGCCCGUCGGCUAAGCCAAUUCCUGUAACAACAUCCAUCGACCCAAAGGUAUUCGGUGAGCUGUUUGCAGGAGCUGUAACCAUAUUCUUCCUUGCUGUUAUCUUCUGGAAGACGGGCAAGUUCAUACGAUCGUUCAACCGGCACAAGGUGCUAAGAGAAGGGAACUCCACCAAGGCUCGGUUUGCAAGAACGUGGUACGGCUGGGUGUCACUGGAAACUCAUGAGAGGAACAAAAAGAUAUUUUCAAGGGCCUUUGAGCGAAUUCGAGAAUGGACCGCUUGGAAGUCGACUCGCACAGAUUACCGCUGGGUGUGGUGGGACCCUGGCCAGAAGGCGCUGGAAGGACGGCAUCGGAAUCGAAAACUACUCGCAUGGUUGCCAGAAUGCUUCAAGAGCUAUGAAUUUGCUACGGCAGACGAGAUUUGGAACCCGGGGCCACCCACGCAGUGUCAUGGCGCUUUAUUCGACGACCACUCUCUGCCUGUUUGGCCCCCCGGAUCUCCGAGAAAAUGGCGUGGUAUAGACGGCAGUUCACUUUCGCGAAAGUGUUUUGAAGACAACGAAGACAACGGAAGGUCACCGAUCUCUCAGCAAACUUCUAGGCCCGGAAAAAGACCGAAAACCUCAACUGCUCAUGAGCAUUUGGCGAAACAUCUAUUACACAAAGCGAAGAUCGCAAAGAUCGCAAAGAAGUUAUCGAGGGAUUCGACCAAGUUCCAGUCACAACCAAUGUUGAGACCAACAUCGCGAGCUCUAACAGCGCAGCUUCCGUCUUCAACCAUAGACAUUGACCGGGCCACAUACCGGGACCCAUCGUUUUCGGGAUCAACCAGCUAUCGGACGACCAAAUCCACCAACUCCUCCCAUUCGCACGAAACGCUCAAGACAUCAAUACGCAUUAUUGACCCAACAUCUCAUCAACGCCACAACUUGCGUAAACAUCAAGCAUGGUCAGCGAAGAUGCAGCUCAAAGCCUCGAGACUCGGGCUUCACGGUUCCGGAGAUUCGUCCGGUCCUCCUGGAACUCCUAGAACUAGUAUCCUGGCCAGCUUUCUCUCCGAACAGAGUACCUCGGAUCCUGUUCCUGAGCGACUUACAAAACGUGGACUUCGUCUCCUGAGGAGCCCAAUUGGCAGAUUUUCUGUGGCAUUUAGCCUGGAAAAUACUGAAAGGAAACACCGCUCAGCACAUGUACAGCUCUCAAGUCUGGGAAUUUCCAAGUACAACACCGCACCGACAAGGUCUAAAUUCUUGUUAAACGCUUCACCAAAAGUCGAAAAAAAGUUCUACCGUCCAUGGCACUCAUUGCGGGAGACGAACCGGCCUUUGCACGCGAGAAAUGCCCUUCAUAAACUUUGGCCAUCCACAGAGAUCAUCAUACGAAGUCCCAUCUACAAUAAUCAACCAAAGCCAGUCUUGGAAGGCCAUCAACCUCCUUUCGAGAGACUGAGUGACUGGGAAGUGAGGUUGAUAGACGGCUUGGAUCGAAAACUGGUAUGGAUUUUCAACGAAUUCACCCCCGGCCAGAAGCCGUAUCAUUUUGCAUGUCUUGCCAAUCACUGGUUAAACCGGGAGACCUGGGUUGUAAUUGACCCUGUCUCUCGAGUCUCUCAAGACGCACGGCGGCAAUGGGGAGACCCGCGAUUCAAUGUCCCAUAUCCAGACCAUUGUCUAGAUCCUCGGCCGAAGUAUCCACUGGUUGUACAUAAGCGAGCAAACCUUCGACGCAUCGACUCAUGGCGCGCUGCAGUCAACGGACAGAGAAGGGUGUCCGGGCUCCGAGACUUCGUCCGCACGGUGGAGCUUUAUGAGGACUCAUGCGAGGAGCCCCCGGAUGGGAAAAUCGAUCCUGCAAGUUGGAUUUUGCCAAAGCCUCCUCAAGGCUUCGAAAUGUCCACCAGGCAGAAGACUGCCUUCUAUGAAGGAGGGGCAGGCUGGCAAGAGAAGCUCGAAGACUGGCAGCAUGUUCGCCGGGGCUACCGACUACACAAAGGUUUGUGUGAGGGCCGCGUGAAUCGAAACUAUGUGAAAGGAGUGGCAGCUGAUGUUGGUCGAUGUUGUCGUACUAUUUCGUCCAAAUUGAUUCCCAAUAUCCAAUCGACACGACGAUCUAGCCAGCCCGUUUGCUGA